AUCCAGCGGUCGAAACGGCGUCGGGAUGACCAGCAGCAACAGCGGCGAGCCGAGCACGGCGCCGCAACCGAACCGGUGGUACGACCUCCGGCUGGGGUCUUCUUGCCGCGAUCCCUCCUCCACCGCCAAGUUCUGCACGCUCCGCUUCCACAAUAUUGCACCCCUCAGACCUGAAGCCCUCAAGCUGCUUGGUGAUGAAGAUGUUUGCAACCCCAGACGGUUCGCCAUGUAGACGAGAGGUCCAGGCACCCAUGUCGUUUCUUUUGCAUGCACACAUAUCAAGAACUAGAACCAUUUCCCUGAUAUCUUUCCUUGAUGAUCUUGCUUCGUUUUGUUUUGGAGCCUCCUACUUGGACACUUGGUACGAUGAAUUUAAGCCUGCAUCCAUUGAUAAGAAUCAAGCUGGGUCUAUGCAUAAGACCAAAGAUAAUCGGGUAACUGUAGAAUUUCAUAAUAAUCAGCCUGGGAAGCCAAAGGUCGCAUUCGAAGGAAGCCAAGAAGAGUACAAGGAUAAUGAUGGUGUCUUGUUUUUUGAUGGUGAGACCUUCCGUUUGGAGCGGUUGCAUCGUGCUGUCAAGAGAUUAAGGCAUGUUCGGAUUCCAGGAGAGUCUGCAGCAACUACCUUGGCACCUACAACUACUGGGAUGGUUGAAUCUCAUUCUCCUCCAGUAGAGAAAGUUGGCAAGUCGCUGGCCAUGAAUAAACCUGCUAUACACUCAGUUCCGGUCGAGGUUGAGCGCAUUGACAUUGGUGAACCAGAAAAUCCAGGACCAAGGAACAAUAACAGGAGCUCUACAUAUCAAGCAGUUACUGCAGACCCCUUUUCCUCUUCGCCUGAUCCAAAUGACCCAGAAGAAAACCUAGACAUACUUGGUGACGAUGAAAAUGGCUCGCCCAAUAGUGUAUCUCCACAAGGGACAUCUGUUCGUGGUUUUGACAUCAACUUUCCAAAUCAGCUCGAUAUGGAUGAUGAAAUUGCUGAUGUUGAUGUAAAUGACGAAGCUGAUGAGGGACUCAAUGCAGCUGAGGCGCUGCGAGCUCAAGUCGAUGCAGAAGGGCAGCAGGAGCAGGGUACCUCUAGCUCAAGCGGGAGCAGCAGCAGCAGCAGUGGGAGUGGGAGCGGAAGCGGGAGCAGCAGCAGUGAUAGUGAUGGCAGUGACGGCGAUUCAGCCAGCUCGGGAGGGGAUGUUGAUAUAUGACAGCUUCGCUUGCAGGCUGUGCAGUUCACUUGUUGUGGAUGAUUCACAAUUUUACAUCACCAGAAAUGGUGGGAGCUGCUAAUACGAAACAAGUAAAAUCUAAAUCAUAUUGACGCUGCUGUGAACGAGUAGGCUAUAAUCUAUUUGUUCUCUCCAGGGUUCUUAUUAUGUAUCUUAGACCUUCCUGGCUGCCUGGAGAAUAGAAAAUUCAUUAAUACCUAGAUCUUUUUAAGCAUUUAUGGUUAAAUGCACUCUUUGGAAAUCUGAAUUACUGAAAGAUGUUCCACGGACGAUAAUCUGUAAUGUUUUCAAAAUUUGGAUGUGUCCAUUAUGCUCUGACUAUUAUUAAAA